AUGACCAACGGAUAUCCGUUGCGUCCUAAUUAUUGUUCUUUGUAUGUUCCGGACGACAAUUUCGUUAUUGACGAACCAAACGCACCGGUUGCCGCUAAGCCCGUACUGUUUUUCGGUAAGAGAUUCAUGGAAGAUAAUUCUUCUAACGACUUAAUAAAGCCAUCCGAAUCCAAUAUUAUUCUGAAGAAGAAAAACUCGGAAAUAAUCAGCGCUUUGAUGGGACUACGCAGGGCCAUGUCAAACAAGUAUGAUGAACGUCAUAUACACAAUUGA